CCCUAAGGAAGACCUGCUCAAUCAAGACCCCGGUCUCUUAUCUCUGUAUUUGAAUUCGUCCGCCAUGAGGAGCGCUUUGCAGGCUGUGGCCCUCUGGGGAAGGAAAGCUCCCCCCCACAGCAUCACAGCCAUCAUGAUCACAGACGACCAGCAAACCAUAGUGACCGGAAGCCAGGAGGGUCAGCUUUGCCUCUGGAGUCUCUCCCCUGAACUGAAGAUUUCAGCUAAAGAACUUCUUUUUGGUCACUCGGCUUCGGUGACGUGUUUAGCAAGAGCAAGAGACUUCUCCAAACAGCCCUAUGUCGUGAGUGCUGCUGAGAAUGGGGAGAUGUGUGUGUGGAAUGUGAGCAGCGGGCAGUGUGUGGAGAAGGCCACACUUCCUUACAGGCACACUGAGAUCUGCUAUUACCACUGCUCCUUCCGGAUGAUUGGUGAGGGCUGGCUGCUGUGCUGUGGGGAAUAUCAAGACGUUCUCGUCCUGGAUGCUGGAACCCUGGCUGUGCUACACACCUUUUCCUCUUUGCGGUCCCCGGAUUGGAUGAAAUGCAUGUGCAUUGUUCACUCUGUGAGAAUUCAAGAAGAUUCUCUCUUGGUUGUAUCUGUAACCGGCGAGCUCAAAGUAUGGGACCUCUCCUCAUCCAUCAACAGCAUUCAGGAAAAGCAAGAUGUCUAUGAGAAAGAAUCGAAAUUUCUUGAUUCUUUGAACUGCCAGACGAUACGAUUUUGUACAUACACAGAGAGACUCCUGUUGGUGGUAUUUUCUAAAUGUUGGAAGGUUUAUGACUAUUGUGACUUUUCCCUUCUGUGGACUGAAGUUAGUAGAGACGGGCAGUUCUUUGCCGGCGGAGAGGUGCUUGCUGCUCACAGGAUCCUUGUUUGGACAGAAGAUGGUCACAGUUUUAUCUAUCAGCUGCUGAACAGUGGGCUUUCCAAAUGCAUAUGCCCCCCCGAUGGAGGAGUUCUUAAGGAGACCAUCUACCCUCACUUACUAUGCUCCACUUCUGUGGAGGAAAAUAAGAGCCUGCAUUUCGUCAUGGGCUACAUGAAUGAACGGAAGGAGCCCUUUUACAAGGUACUUUUCUCUGGAGAAGUCUCAGGAAGAAUUACUUUGUGGCAUAUUCCAGAUGUCCCCAUAUCUAAGUUUGAUGGUUCCCCUAGAGAAAUACCUAUAACCACCACCUGGACUCUUCAGGAUAACUUCGAUAAGCAUCAAACGGUGUCACAGAGCAUCACAGACCAUUUCUCUGGGUCCAGGGAUGAGGUGGGAAUGGCAGCAACCAUCACCUCAUCCGAGUACAUUCCAAAUCUUGAUAAACUCAUCUGCGGCUGUGAGGACGGAACCAUUUUCAUCACCAAAGCUCUGAAUGCUGCCAAGGCAGGACUUCUAGAAGGGGGCUCUUUAUUGAAAGAUUCCCCCUGUCAUACCCUUCUCAGAGGUCAUCAGCAGAGCGUGACUUCAUUACUUUACCCUCACAGUCUUGCUUCAAAAUUGGACCAAAGUUGGAUGGUGUCUGGGGACCGAGGCUCCUGCGUGAUUCUGUGGGACAUUUUUACUGAAGAAAUUCUGCACACAUUCUUUUUGGAAGCUGGUCCAGUAACAAGACUUUUGAUGUCACCAGAGAACUUGAAACUAAGCAACGGCCAGAUACUCUGCUGUGUGUGCGGGGACCACUCCGUGGCUCUCCUUCACCUGGAAGGGAGACGGUGCCUCCUGCGAGCCCGGAAGCACCUUUUCCCUGUGAGGACAAUCAGAUGGCACCCAGUUGAGAACUUCCUAAUUGUUGGGUGUGCAGAUGACUCUGCCUACAUCUGGGAAAUUGAAACAGGCACUUUGGAAAGGCACGAGACGGGAGAAAGGGCCAGGAUUAUUCUCAACGGUGGUGACGAUGCGCAGCUUGUCAGGUCUGAGCCGACACUGUCAGUGGCCUCAGAGACACACAAGCACAAAAGUGUAGAGCAGAGGUCAUUCAGCUCCCACCAGCCUGGGCUUGUGCCCUGCCCUGGUCUGCAGCUGGAGUCUUCAUGUAAGGUUGCUGAUGCCUCAUCAGUCCCAAGACCUUUUAAUGUCUUGCCUGUGAAAACAAAAUGGAGUCACAUUGGCUUCCAUGUUCUCCUGUUUGAUCUGGAAAAUCUUGUUGAACUACUGCUGCCCACUCCCCUAAGUGAUGUUGAUCCUUCCGGCUCAUUCUAUGGAAGUGACAUCUUGAGGAGAGCCAAGAGCACAGUAGAGAAGAAGACACUGACAUUAAGAAGAAACAAAGCGUCAUGUACUUCUCUUCAGGCAGAGGCACAAGCCAAGCCCAGUGGGGACAGCCUGGCCCCUGGGGACAGCACCAGUAAAUUCCCAGAGGAGAGUGAUGGUAUUAAAAGACAGAGGAAAAUGAAGAGCUCCAAAAAGACAUGCCCUAAGCUAUCCAGGAAGGUCGAUGCUAGCCUCACAAUAGACAUGGCGAAAUUGUUUCUGUCUUGCAUUUUGCCGUGGGGAGUGGAUAAAGAGUUAGACAGCCUCUGUACCAAGCAUCUCAGCAUCUUAAAGCUGCAGGGCCCUGUGUCUUUGGGACUUGCUUUAAACAAAGACCUCUUCUCCCUGAUGCUGCCUGGGUGGGAUGCUUGUGGUACUGAAAUGAAGGAGUACUCAGGAGUAAAUCUGUGUUCCAGGAAAGUUUUGGACUUGUCAAAUAAAUACACAGCCGCUCUUCCGCACCAGACGGGAAUUCCCAGAGGCCCGGAGAAUCACUGUGAUGCCUUGCAACAAUCAGAUACUAUAGUGUACUUACUGAGCAGGCUGUUUUUAGUUAAUAAGUUAGUUAACAUGCCUUUGGAUCUGGCCUGUGAAAUCGACAGACCCUUCAAAAUGGAGUCUGUGCACAACAAAGGAAAAUUCCCCGGAAGUGAUAUUUUGAAUACAUCAAGUUUCUACGGACACCUAAGAAAUGGUAGGAGUGAGUGUCACACACCUGAGGCUGACCUCUCGCUUUUGAAACUGAUCUCCUGCUGGAGAGAUCAAUCUGUACAGGUAACCGAAGCCAUACAAGCAGUCCUCUUGGCUGAAGUUCAACAGCACCUGAAGAGUCUGAGAAGCACGCCUGUCAGUAGUCAACCGCAUCCAGUGGCAGAGCGCAGCAUCUGGGAGAGGGAGCGGAGCGCGCCAAAGACGGAGCGGGCUGAAGAACUGGAGCUGCAGUACCUGGGGAAUGUUUCACCCCUGAAAACUUCAGUCAGUCCGGUCAAGCAUGGCAACGACUUGAACUCGGCAAACUUCCAAGAUACCGAGGACAUUCUUGACAGAUGUGUCUUGGAAGAGUCGGAGAGUGCAGGUCAGCCAAGGCAUCGUCCAUGGAUAGUGAAGGUGUGUUCCUGCAGGAUGUGCUAGAUGGAGCCUGGAAAAAAGCGACCAGUGUGAACUAACAGGGAAGCAC